CUCAGCCGCACGAGUGAUUAAGGAGUAACCUCUCUUUCUCUAUUAACCGGUGUGCAAGUGAUCUUUUCUCCCUUUUAACGAUUUAAUUACUUAUUAAUAAAUUUAAAAUAAAAAUGCUGUCGUUGAUAAACAGAAACGUUGCGUUUAAAACUCAAAGUUUUUUAAGGAAAGCAAACGUCAAGACAAAGAUACAUUUCUCAAGUUUAUCCGAUGACGUCCAUAAAUCCUUGGAGACAAUCCGUAAUAUAGGUAUUUCGGCGCAUAUCGAUUCGGGUAAAACCACAUUAACAGAAAGGAUUCUAUUCUAUACUGGGCGGAUAUCUGAAAUGCACGAGGUAAAAGGUAAAGACAAUGUUGGAGCAACGAUGGACUCGAUGGAGCUUGAGAGACAACGAGGAAUAACGAUUCAGUCAGCAGCAACAUACACUAUUUGGAAACAGCAUAACAUUAACAUCAUAGAUACUCCAGGUCAUGUAGAUUUUACUGUCGAAGUUGAAAGAGCUCUCCGAGUAUUGGAUGGAGCAAUUUUGGUGCUGUGUGCUGUCGGUGGGGUUCAAAGUCAGACUUUGACUGUGAAUCGGCAGAUGAAACGAUAUAAUGUGCCUUGUUUGGCUUUCAUCAACAAACUAGAUAGACAGGGUGCUAACGUAAACAGAGUACUCGGCCAGAUGAGGUCAAAACUUGGUCACAAUGCAGCAUUGCUUCAGCUUCAGAUCGGAAAAGAACAAGAUGUUCAAGGCAUUGUGGAUAUAGUAAGCAGAAAGGCAUUGUAUUUCACCGGAUCUUUUGGAGAGACUGUGGAGGAAAGAGAUAUUCCCAAAGACAUGGUGUCUGAAACUGAAGAUAAACGCCAGGAAUUGAUUGAACACGUUUCCAAUGUGGAUGAAGUACUCGGAGAGAUGUUUUUAGAAGAAAAGACACCGACUGAAGAGGAUAUUAAAGCAGCGAUAAGGAGAACGUGCUUGAAACGAAUUUUCACACCUGUUCUUGUUGGGACUGCGUUGAAAAACCGUGGUGUUCAACCUCUUCUUGAUGCCGUUCUUCAUUAUCUACCUCAUCCUGGUGAAGUGACAAAUUUUGCGAAUAACAACGAUACAAAAAGUGGGGAAGCUGAAAAAGUUCUGUUGAACCCUGCGAGGAACAAUGAAAAUCCAUUUGUAGCUUUGGCAUUUAAGCUUGAAGCGGGUCGUUUUGGACAGUUGACUUACAUGAGGUGUUAUCAAGGAUGCUUACAGAAAAGUGAAAAUAUCUAUAAUGUCCGGAAUAAUAAAAGGAUAAGAGUAGCAAGAUUGGUGAGAAUGCAUGCUGAUCAGAUGGAAGAUGUAAACGAAGUCAAGGCUGGUGAUAUAUUUGCUCUUUUUGGUGUCGACUGUGCCAGUGGGGAUACUUUUGUGACCAAUCCAAAGCUCAAUUUAACUAUGGAAUCGAUUCAUGUUCCAGACACUGUGGUGUCGAUGGCAAUAACACCGAACCAUUCAAAAGACAGGGACAGUUUUAGUAAAGCGGUUGCCCGAUUCACCAAAGAGGACCCGACAUUCCAGUUUUCGUACGACGCUGAUAACAAAGAGACCAUUGUUUCUGGCAUGGGGGAAUUACACUUAGAAAUAUACGCUCAGAGGAUGGAAAGAGAAUACGGUUGCCCUGUAACCCUCGGCAAACCGAAAGUUUCUUUUAGAGAAACAUUGGUAUUUCCUUGUUCGUUUGAUUAUCUUCACAAAAAACAAUCAGGUGGUGCUGGUCAAUUCGCCAGAGUAAUAGGCGUUGUAGAACCAUUACCACCGAAUCAGAACACUUUGCUGAUCUUUAAAGAUGAGACUUCUGGUCCCAAUGUACCGAAACAGUUUAUACCUGGUGUAGAAAAGGGUUUUUAUCAGAUGGCACAAAAAGGCCUUCUCUCGGGGCAUAAAUUAUCUGGGCUCUGUUUGAAACUACAAGACGGUGCUCACCACAUCGUAGAUUCGAGUGAACUUGCUUUUAACUUGGCUAUUCAAGGAGCCAUAAAACAAGUUUUUGAACAAGGUACUUGGCAAGUCCUGGAGCCCAUAAUGACUGUUGAAGUCACCGUCCCGGAAGAGUUCCAAGGUGCUGUCAUCGGACAGCUGAACAAGAGACACGGCAUCAUCAUAGGAAUUGACGGGAUUGAUCAAUGGGUCACAAUCACGAGUGAGGUCCCGUUGAACGAUAUGUUCGGCUAUGUCGGGGAACUGAGAUCUAUGACUCAGGGCAAAGGUGAAUUUACAAUGGAAUAUUGUAGGUAUUCACCGACUCUCCCAGAGGUUCAAGAAAAGUUAGUCGAAGCCUAUCAGAUUGCAUCUGGCAUUGAAGUACCACAACAAAAAAAGAAGAAAAAUUAACAGAUUUAAUUAACUGUUUCUCUCCUCACUGUACAAAAUGUAUAUAUAAAUUAGAUAUCAUCUUUAGUUACCAAUGAUCUUUCUAUAAAAAUUAAAUGUUUUUACAAUUA